ACCACGCGGACGACUUUCUCUCUCUCUUUUUAAUGCGGUUUCCCCAAUCAUUCGUCAGAAGUUGGAUCAAAACCUUUUUCCCGUAAGGCGGAUUUCAGUCACUAGUCUAUUUAUUUAAGUUGCCGUCAGUUCGUGAACUUGGUUCGCGUCUUGCCGCUUGCACUCGGUUCGGGGUUUCGGGAGAGAACUAGGAUGUCUGCGGUGAAAGCGCUGCAACAGUGGUGUAAGAUCCAGGUUCAGGGUUACAGAGAUGUCACUAUCACCAAUAUGACAACUUCUUUCAGGGACGGGAUGGCUUUCUGCGCCCUCAUUCACCGAAACAGACCCGACCUCAUUGACUUUGAUUCCCUGAAGAAGGAGAAUGUCUAUGACAACAACCACCUGGCGUUCCGGGUAGCGGAGGAUGAGUUGGGGAUCCCAGCUCUGUUAGAUGCUGAGGACAUGGUGGCCCUGAAGAUACCAGACAGACUCAGUAUUCUGACAUAUGUCUCACAAUACUACAACCACUUCCAUGGCAAAUCACCUAUUGGCGGCAUGGCGGGGAUAAAGCGUCCAGCGGAGGCAUCCACAGAAGAGGGGCCUUCUGGGAAAAAGAACCAAGCAGUUGUCUCCAAGGUCUUCCCCGCCUCUCCCCCUCUAAAUCCACUACUGAGAACCGCCCUCCCCCCUCCUCCUCACCCAAAGCCUCAAGCAGACCAGACAGGGCAGCACAGAAGGAUGUGUUGUCGGACCGCUCCAAUAAGACGGGGACUCUGAGCAGUAAGUGUUCCGUGUGUAAUAAACACGUUCAUCUGGUCCAGAGACACCUAGUGGAUGGGAGGCUGUAUCACAGGAGCUGUGCCAGGUGUAGUGAGUGUUCCACCACUCUACUGUCUGGUAACUGUAAACCUGGACCAACACCAGGCUCCUUCAUCUGUACCUCCCACCACCACCCCCAGGGGGCGCUGCCAACACACACCCCUCUCCGAGACCUGCCCAAAAACAACCCUACUACCCUUGCUGCCUCCAAAUACACCCCUCACCCUCCUCCCACUGUCAAGACCACCCCUCUCUCAGACCUCUCCAAGAAUACCCCCGGACCCAAAUAUACCUCUCACAUUCCUCCCAAUGUCAAGACCACCCCUCUCUCAGACCUCUCCAAGAAUACCCCCGGACCCAAAUAUACCUCUCACAUUCCUCCCACUGUCAAGACCACCCCUCUCUCAGACCUCUCCAAGAAUACCCCCGGACCCAAAUAUACCUCUCACCCUCCUCCCACUGUCAAGACCACCCCUCUCUCAGACCUCUCCAAGAAUACCCCCGGACCCAAAUAUACCUCUCACCCUCCUCCCACUGUCAAGACCACCCCUCUCUCAGACCUCUCCAAGAAUACCCCCGGACCCAAAUACACAGACCCCUCAAAAUCCACCCCAGCUCUGACACCCACUAGUACCCCCUCCAAAUAUGGCCCUAGCUGGCUGAGCUCCAAAACCACCACCACCUCUGUCGCCUCCUUGCGGCCCAGCCCGGGGCUCUCCUCCCUGGGCAUAGUGAGCCCUGCAGCCUCUGGACCCACCGCAGUCCCACGGAGCUUCAACACUACAACUAGCGCCACCACUCCCACAGCAUCCAAGACCCAGCAGGCCCGGCUCCAGUUCUUCCAAUCUGGGAACACCCCCACUGGGCAGGAGAACCAGGGCAAGACCCAGACUCAGGGACCGGCACAGAGUCUACCCACAAAUAGAGUCCCGAAUGCCGGCUCGCAGGGGACAGUAGUGGGGGUUGGCCAGGGUGUGAGUGUGGUAGUGAGUUUGGGUGGGGUAGGGGGCAAGGGAGGGGGUUCAGGUUGGGGUGGGGAUAAGGGUGUGAAUGUGGUGGUAGGUGGGGGUACAGGUGGGGACAGGGACGUGGUUCAGGGUAGAGGUAGAGUUGUCUUCAAGAUGGAUAGUGAUGUGAAAGCCUCUCCAUCUAAAGAAGACUGCAGUACCAAGACCCAGGCUGCUGCUGUCAUCACUAAGAAACUAACAGAGAACAACACCACAACAACAGCUGGUGCUGUCAUCACUAAGAAACUAACAGAGAACAACACCACAACAACAGCUGGUGCUGUCAUCACUAAGAAACUAACAGAGAACAACACCACAACAACAGCUGGUGCUGUCAUCA